ACACACACUCUCUCUCCUCUCCUGGCAACACAAACUUAUGAUGGCACCGGCCGCGGUGCACCUUCAUAGACUGGUGGUCAAGAACGCGAAAGCGUUCAAGGCCGCCUGGAAACAUGCUGCGAAGCUUGUACAGAAACAACUCCCGGAAUCUGCACGACCUGCGGAUGCAGUUCUCCAGCCUAUUCUCGCCCGAAAUGCGCCAAAGCAUCCUCUCCAUCGCAUCGCCUAUCUGAAACAGAGCAAGGGCCGAUGGUAUACCACCCACAGUCAGAUCAGCGCUGCCGUUCGACGCUUCACUACUUCUGCUGCUCGCAACUCGGGCGUGAAGUAUGACAAGGCCUCGUUUCCCAAGUCUCGCAUCGGAAGCAUCGUCAACUCACAGGCUGGUCGCGCGCCCUUUGCGUCGACUCUUCGCCCCAACCUCACUGGUGGCACACUUGGGCGAACUGCAGGAGGUUAUGGGUGGGGCUCUGGCCGGACCGGAGGCGCGCGGUACUUCUCGCAUGGCCCUGCUGCACCUGCUCAGGUCAUCAACAAUGUCUCUCAAGCUGUGCGAGCCUUCCUUCUCGGUGGGCAAAAGGCCCAGUUCGACGGCGUCAACCCACACAACGGCGAGAAGCGCUUCAAGGCCGUCUCAGCACUCCAGGAUCAAGUCAACCGCACCCUGAACAAGGUCCCCACGGCCAGUGCUGGUUCUUCGAUUAGUUUCAACAUUAACCCCACCGUCACCGCUCUUACUCCCCUCAAGGCUGUGAAGGGCUUUGCUUCUUUCGCGCAGGAGAAGGAGACCUUGAACAGCGAGGGUCUGUUGAAAAACCUCUCGGUUGACUUUUCACGCGCAGUUUUGGAGCUGGCUGCAGUUUUGAAAGACUUGCAACGGCUAGCAGCGUUGGGAGACUUGCCUAUUUCGUACGAGGACUCGACAUUGAAGGUCCAUUUCCCUGGUUGUGAUGCGCAAACAGUGGAGUCGAUAUGCAAUGACUUUGGGAUCACGCGCGGUGUAGUACACGAAGAUGAGAAUUUCGACUCGUCUGUCGGUACGGACAUUGCGCUAAUGUUCCCCUUUGCACCAAGCAAGACACCUUCGGAAUGUUCGUUCUACGCAAAGCCCGUCACCGACCGCCAGUAUGUGCAGCCAGACAUCGAUUGGACCAACAUGCUCUCGCCCUCGGCUACCGAGUCGGAAGGCUUUGCGACACCAUCAGAACACAGCUAUGACCAACUGGAUGACUUUAUCACUGAGCCGAACCCGUGGCUGUCAGUCUCAUCACCUUCAGGGUACGAAAGUCUGCACACGAGUGAGGCAGACGAGAUGGACAUGGAAACACCCAUGAAUUUUCAGGCGACUCAAGGCCUGCACAUAUUCACAGGUCCGUGUGAGGUGAGAUAGACGUGCCGAGAAAGGCGCUGGUGAACAAUGAUACCUCUUGGCUUAGACUGAUGGCACAGCGUUGAACGCUCUUUUCUUUCCUUUGUAUAGUCCACAGAAACACAUACAAUAAAUUGAAGUAUUCGGAGUUUUCUCUUGAAAGCUUGCUGGAAGUUAGCCUACCACAGUGGCCCUCGGCAUGGUGUCUCUGUUAGGACUGGCCCGCCAGGCAUUAACCGAAAGCAGCAUGGUGCGUCAAGGGCGUCAAUGGAUCCAAUACGUAUAGAGAAACAGCGUUGGUUAUUCCCGGCCAAGGGCGUGCGAAGUGCAUCUCCACUUCGGUGCUUUCC